AUGAUGUAUAAUGUGAGAAAUAUCGUGCUAUUAGAUGAUUUUCUUUCCUCCUCCAGUAGUAGUGAUUACAGUGAUGAUAUAAUUGAUGAUCCUGAUGAAGAUGUCAUUAAUGAAAAUGGUGAUCGUCGAAGGAUUCCUCGGGUACAAAAUUUCAUUGAGACAGUUAUUGUCAGAUACGAAAACGUGGAAUUUCAACAGAACUUUCGCAUGAAUCGCAAUACUUUCGAGUAUUUACUUUUUUUGAUGAGACCCGAUUUGGAAGGAGAAUUAUGUCAAUUUGAAGGAGUAACAAUUAAUCCUGAGAAGCAAUUAUAUAUUGCUUUAUAUGUAUUAGGAACUCCGGAUUCGUACAGAUCAGUAACAACAAAAUUUGACGUGGGUUUGGCUACUGCUUGGCGUGCCGUAAAAAGAGUGGUCAAAGCUCUUUGCAAAAUGCGAAAUUAUUUCAUUCAAUGGCCAUCUCAUAGACAGGCUCUGGCGACCACAGUGAGGAUUGAACAAAGAUAUGGAUUCCCUGGCGUUAUAGGGGCAGUAGAUGGGAUUCAUAUUAAUAUUGCAGCUCCAAAAGUAGAUCCGCAAUCGUAUAUCAAUCGUAAAGGAGUGCAUUCAAUACAAUUACAGGUCGUGUGUAAUGACAGAUUGGAAUUCAUCCACUGCUACGCAGGUCUACCUGGGUCGGUACAUGAUAUGAGAGUUUUCAUGUAUUCUGGUCUACAACAACGGUGUAACGACGAGUAUUUUCCAGAGGAUACUCACCUUUUAGGUGAUUCUGCUUAUGCUUUGCAGACGAAUUUGAUGGUUCCGUAUCGAAAUGAUGGACAUUUGACAAUUGAGCAAGUGUAUUUUAAUAGGACAUUAUCUGGCACUCGUAUGAUGGUUGAACGGGCAAUCGGACUAAUGAAAGCAAGAUGGAGAUAUUUUUUGGACAAAUUACCAAUGAGACGAACGGAUUUAAUUCCAUAUUAUAUCUUAGCUGUAUGCAUACUGCAUAACAUUUGUUUAAAAAAUGAAGACACGUUCGAAUAUCCCAUCAUCAUACCCAAUAAUAUUGAUAAUUAUGCUGAACCAUUGCAUGUUAAUAAUGUACAGCAACGACAAGGUCAAAUUAAGAGAGAACGUUUAACUGAUUAUAUAAAUAGAGACGUUGUAUAAAUUGGAUUGUAAUA